AUGGCGGAAGACACGUCGCGGUACCUGAGCGGGGAUUAUUAUCCCCGCAAGUUCGGGCCCAAGCCCGAUGUGGUGCCCUCGGGGGUGACCGAGAGGAAGGUAUCCCCGUUCGGCAUCGGGCUGGACAAACCGGACAUGGUGGCGGUGGAUGUGGUGAACGUGAAGGAGGAAGAAGUGCACAGAAGAAGACUAGAUACGAGUACUUAUCUUUUGGGAACCAUUCAUCCAUUCCGCAAAACCCACAGGUCUCUAGGUGGAAAGUUUACACAGGAGUUUCUGCUGGUUGCAGCUGACAGGCGGUCCUGGAAAAUCUUGCUGUUUGGAUUACUGAACUUGGUUUGCACUGGCUUUCUCCUGAUGUGGUGCAGUUCCACAAAUAGUAUGGCUUUGACUGCCUAUACAUACCUUACCAUCUUUGAUCUUUUCAGUUUGGUAACUUGCUUGAUAAGUUUCUGGGUGACCUUGAAGAAGCCUAGUCCAGGAUAUUCUUUUGGGUUUGAGAGGUUUGAAGUAUUAGCAGUGUUCGCUGCCACCGUCCUGGCACAGCUCGGGGCUCUCUUUAUACUCAAAGAAAGUGUAGAACGAUUUCUUGAACAGCCUGAGAUUCAUACGGGACGUCUCCUUGUUGGCACCUUUGUGGCCCUUUUCUUCAAUUUACUUACCAUGCUGUCUUUGAAGAACAAGUCGUUAGCUUAUGUCUCUGAAGCUGCCAGUACAAGUUGGCUCCAGGAACAUGUUGCUGAUCUAAGCCGAAGCUUAUGUGGAAUAAUUCCUAGUUUAAGCAGCAUUUUGCUUCCUCGUAUGAACCCAUUUGUCCUAAUUGACCUUGCAGGAGCAUUGGCGCUCUGCAUCACCUACAUGUUGAUUGAAAUAAAUAAUUAUUUUGCAGUGGAUACAGCUUCAGCUAUAGCUAUUGCAGUUAUGACAUUUGGCACCAUGUAUCCUAUGAGUGUCUACAGUGGAAAGGUGCUACUUCAGACAACACCUUCGCAUGUGAUUGGACAGUUGGACAAGCUUUUAAGAGAGGUCUCCACUCUGGAUGGCGUUCUUGAAGUACGGAAUGAACAUUUUUGGACACUAGGAUUUGGAACUCUGGUUGGCUCUGUACAUGUACGGAUCAGGAGAGAUGCAAACGAACAAUUGGUGCUGGCUCACGUGACCAAUCGCCUAUCUGCUCUUGUUAAAACCUUAACAGUUCAGAUUUUUAAAGAUGAUUGGGUUAGACCAUCAUUAGUUACAGCAUCAAUCCCAAGCAACAUAUUGAAUCCACUGGACAAUACUAAUAUUGCACCAAUUUCAGCUGUCAAGCCCCUAGAUGACAUGAACCCCAUCACCUCCACACCAGCAAAACCAGCCACCCCACCUCCUGAAUUCUCCUUCAACACACCAGGCAAGAACAUCAACCCAGUUAUCCUUCCUACUGCUCCAUCAACUCGACCUUAUGGCUUAGGACUCGGUUAUGGAGUUGCUCCAUAUGGAAGUGCUUUUAACCAUGGUAUUGGAAGACCUGGAACUGGAAUGACGCAGGGAUUCAGAUCUGGAUUCAUUAAUAUUCCGAACAAAUACACAACAGGUACUCAAGGACAUGUCAAGCAGUUCAGAUAAUGGGUGUAGCACUGUGCUACAUGAUGUGAAGACAUGUUACAACAGAUUUCUACAAGUUGAUUCCUCUUAAAAAGAGCAGCUGAAUAAAAUAUUUCAACUGUGGAGAAUGUAAUUUGGCGCUGUUACCUCAAUUUUGUUUUUUUUAAAUUUUAUGUACAUGCCCCUUAAAUUGUAUGUCCUUUUCAAAGUGUUUGGCUAAAACAAACAAAACAUUUGGCUAAGUUUAGUUUUUGGCUAGGCAGGUCAAAGGACCUGCUCAUAUGCUUUAUAACUGACCACGCUGUGUACAAUAUCACUGCACUGACAAAUCAAGAGGCUUCCUCUUUUGCUGUUGCCCAACAAACCAUCUGAUGGUCUGGCUGAGACCUGAAAUCCUGCCAUUUUUGGGAACAAUAGUGUACAGAGAGACACUGAAUGAAAAAUUUUUGGGAUAAUUUCUUUUUUUGGGUGACCUCAGCAAGUCACCCCAAAACCUUUGGUUACAAACACUACACUUGUUCAGUUGAAAUUGUAAGUUUUCCUGCUUGCAUAUGAAUUUCACAGAGAAUACUAUAACUGGUACUCCAAGAUUGACAUGGAUAUCACCAAUGAAGACUUCAGCAUGGCCAUAGCUAUGAUCUAUUAAAUCUCAAUUAAUUUUUGGCAAAUUACUUUUUACCCUCUGAAUCUUUUUUUAAGCAAAGGGUAUGAUCGUUGAUAUCAGUGUUAAGAAGCUUCAAAAUUAUGUUAUCUUGGAGACACUGCAGCCUUCCACAAGCUUAAGCAGACCGACUUUUUAUGGGAAGCCUGGUCUAUUUAGCUGUUUCUGAACCCAGGGUAUCCGUGCAUUGUGUACAGUAAUCCUUCAGGUAUUCAGCUAUAAUUAGUCAUGUCUGAUUAUGCUAUCUGGUUGAAUCCAUUAUGGACUGGGUUGCCACUGUAAAUAUAACCUGGAUAAAAGUCUGACUUCUAUGUUAUGAGAAAUGAACUGUACAGGUUGAUACUUCUUGUUCAGAGGUUUUCAAGAAAAAUAUGUGAAAAAACUUUAUUUAAAAUACUAAAAUAUGUCUAUAAAUGUGUGCUGUAGUUUGUACUAUAGGUAUAAGUUUGAUAUAUUUGGCAUCAAUGUACAUAACCCAGAUUUUUGAAAACAAAGUGGAUCAAUUAUGACAGAAGCAAAUUCAGCCUGUUUUGAAUAUGUUAAAGAUAAUGCGUUUUGUUUUACUUAACAGUUAUAUUGACCAAUAAAGUGAGAACCAAA